AAUCAGGAAGUGUGAGAGGGCUGCUGGCCGGCUGGGAGGGAGCUGUGUGGCUGUGUUCACGCAUGGAGGCCGGGAGGCGGCUCUCAGCUCCCGGCUCUGCCAGCUCCCCAGUGGCACUCAGAUGUUUCCACUGGCCCAGUCUCUGAGUCCCUGGGUCCUGUAAGCACCAGGAUGCUGUGGGCACUGCCCAUGGAUGACAGUGCGCCCUGAAAGCCCCAGGGGUACCACCCAGUCCCACCAGCCUGCAUGCCCCACAGCUGGGAUGUGCUCAGCUCCUGGACUUGCAGCAGACAGAAAGCAUAACACACACUUGACAGGGAGGGUCUCUGCCUGACCCAGACUGCUCAGAGCGCGGGGCAGCCGAGGGCAAGGAUGCAGAGCACAGCCAACUACCUGUGGCACACGGACGACCUGCUGGGGCAGGGGGCCACUGCCAGCGUGUACAAGGCCCGGAACAAGAAAUCUGGGGAGCUGGUCGCUGUGAAAGUCUUCAACACUGCCAGCUACCUGCGACCCCAGGAGGUGCAGGUGAGGGAGUUUGAGGUCCUGCGGAAGCUGAAUCACCAGAACAUCGUCAAGCUCUUUGCGGUGGAGGAAACGGGGGCCAGCCGGCAGAAGGUGCUGGUGAUGGAAUACUGCUCCAGUGGGAGCCUGCUGAGCGUGCUCGAGAGCCCCGAGAACACCUUCGGGCUGCCCGAGGACGAGUUCCUGGUGGUGCUGCGCUGUGUGGUGGCCGGCAUGAACCACCUGCGGGAGAAUGGCAUUGUCCACCGGGACAUCAAGCCAGGGAACAUCAUGCGCCUCAUUGGGGAGGAGGGGCAGAGCAUCUACAAGCUGACGGACUUCGGAGCUGCCCGGGAGUUGGAUGAUGAUGAGAAGUUUAUCUCAGUCUACGGGACAGAGGAGUACCUGCACCCUGACAUGUAUGAGCGGGCAGUGCUUCGCAAGCCCCAGCAGAAGGCAUUUGGGGUGACCGUGGACCUCUGGAGCAUUGGGGUGACCCUGUACCAUGCAGCCACUGGCAGCCUGCCCUUUGUCCCCUUUGGAGGGCCACGGCGCAACAAGGAGAUCAUGUACCGGAUCACCACGGAGAAGCCCGCCGGGGCUAUCGCGGGCACUCAGAGGCAGGAGAACGGGCCCCUGGAGUGGAGCUACGCCCUCCCCAUCACCUGCCAGCUGUCCAUGGGGCUGCAGCACCAGCUGGUGCCCAUUCUGGCCAACAUCCUGGAGGUGGAGCAGGCCAAGUGCUGGGGCUUCGACCAGUUCUUCGCGGAAACCAGUGACAUCCUGCAGCGGGUCGUCGUCCACGUCUUCUCCCUGCCCCAGGCAGCCCUGCACCACGUCUACGUCCACGCCCACAACACGAUAGCCAUCUUCCUGGAGGCCGUGUAUGAGCAGACCAAGGUGGCCCCCCAGAACCAGGAGUACCUGUUUGAGGGUCACCUCUAUGUCCUCAAGCCCAACCUCUCAGCACAGCACAUCGCCCACACGACCGCAAGCAGCCCCCUGAUGCUGUGUAGCGUGGCCAGCGAGGCGCCCAAGGGGCUGGCCUUCAGGGACCCUGCUCUGGACAUCCCCAAGUUCAUGCCCAAAGUGGACCUGCAGGCAGAUUACAACACGGCCAAGGGUAUGUUGGGUGCUGGCUACCAGGCCCUACGGCUGGCACGGGCCCUGCUGGCCGGGCAGGAGCUGCUGCUGCGGGGACUGCACUGGCUCCUGGAGAUGCUCGAGGCUACCUGCAGGCGGACGCUGGAGGUCAUGCGGAUGGCCCUCCUCUUCCUCAGCAGCAGCCUGGGCACCGAGAGGUUUAGCACCACGGCUGGGAUGCCGGAGAUCCAGGAACUGAAGAGGGCCGCAGAGCUGAGGUCCAAGCUGCGGGCUUCGGCUGAGGUCCUCUCCAGAUUUUCCCACAACAUCACAGAGAAACAGACAAGCCUGAGCAGCCUGAGCUCGGAGCUGGCGAAGAACCGGGAUCAGGUACAUGAGGACAGAAGCAUCCAGCAGAUCCAGUGUUGCUUGGACAAGAUGUACCUCAUCUACAAACAGUUCAGGAAGUCCAGGAUGAGGCCAGCGCUCGGCUACAACGAGGAGCAGAUUCACAAACUGGAUAAGGUGAAUUUUAGUCACUUAGCCAAAAGGCUGCUGCAGGUGUUCCAGGAGGAGUGUGUGCGGAAAUACCAGACGUCCCUGGUCACGCACGGCAGUCGCAUGAGGGUGGUGCAUGAGGCCAGGAACUACCUGCGUGUGGUCGCCUGCUCCGUGGCUGCCUCCAGCACCGAAGCGCAGGGGGUCCAGGAGGGCCUCAGCAAGAUCCUAGACUGGCUGUCUCACCAGCUCCUUCAGGACAGAGCGAGGGGGGCUCAGGCCUCACCACCCCCCCUGGCUCCUUAUCCCUGUGCCACACUACAGGAGCUGGGUCUCCACAUGGAGGAGCUCCGUGAGGAGAUGAAGCUGCUGGCCCUUGACCUCCAGGACAACAACCGCAUCAUUGAAGGGCUGAGUCGGGUCCAGUUGGCUUCUGAUGCCUGAGCUGCGUGGGUGUGCAAGGCGGCCUGAAGCAUUAGACUCAUCCAAACACUGCGCUCCAGCUGCACUGUGGGACCCAGCACAGGACCAGACCUGGUCCCACAUCAUCAGCCUACCUCCCUCCUGGCCAACGGCCGGGAGAUGUCACCAGCAUUACCUUCCACUGCCUUUCUGUGGGAAGCAGCCCUGGGGCACCCAACAGUCUCUGGCAGGUCCCACUGCCCGGCUGACCUUUGUGUCCUCGGCCGGCUCAGGCACAGCUCUGUGGCCCUGGCUUGCACAGGGGAGCCUGGCCGGGCCCUGGGCAGGAAGCUCUAUUGGCCUCCACCCUCCUGGUUUACAGGGCUCCGCUCCUCAGGGAACAGAGAGGCCUCCAGGGGGUUCCCCAGGGUGCUGGGUCGAACAGCCCAAUCUGUCUUCCUUCCUCUUCCAGUGUUUCUCGUUGAACAUACAGGCCUCUCCCCUCUGAAUCUGCGCAUCCCAGAGCCUGCUUGCCUUCUGCUCUUGGUCUGGCUGAGCCUAAGGCUGAGAGGCUGGGUGGUGGCGGCUGGACGCCCUGCCCAGGGACCCUCCCCUCCACUCUCCCUCGGAGGCAGCCAGGUCUGGGGAUGCAGCCAGCGGGGUCAUGAACAGCCACGCAGUUAGCACAGGCUGCUGGUGCCGGCCCAGAGCCCUGAGGGGACAAAAGGCCUGCACUUUUCAGAAGUGGAAUA